GGCGGAGUCAUUUCACUUCCCAUAUCCAUGAAUGAAUCCUCAACACCACUUAGUAAGUAAGUUCCUACAUGCCGGAAUCGUAGGAGUUUCGCAUGGACCAAAAAGUUUCAUUUGACAAACGCAAUGGAAUACACACGCACUCCGUUUCAUUUUUUGUUUUUGUAUUUAUUUGUUAACAACGUAUUAACUGGGAUCCAGUCAAAAGAACAUGUGCUACUUGAUAUGAAGGCUGCCGGAAGUGAAUUAGGUUGGUUAACCUGGCCGAACGAAGAAGGGUGGGAAGUUGUCCAGACGGUGGUGAAUGGCUCUCUUCUUUACACCUACAGUGUGUGCAAUGUUGCCAGUGACACAGAACAAGACAACUGGCUUCGUACGACCUUUAUCCAGCGCAGGCCCGACGUCUCUCGUGCAUUCGUAGAGCUCCGCUUUAUCGUACGGGACUGCAACUCAUUUGGUGGCUCGUCACCUUCCUGUCGUGAGACUUUUGGCCUCUAUCUAAGCGAAACGGACACAGAUGUUGGCACAAAUUGCAAGAGCCAGUUUCGAAAGAUAGCCACCGUAGCCCCAGACGAGGUAACAGCUAAUCGUGGAGGGGGCCGAGCUGAUCUGCGAGUGAACAUUGAGACGAAGAGCAUCGUGCCACUCUCCAGAAGGGGCUUCUACCUUGCCUUCCAGGAUUUAGGGGGCUGUGUUGCUCUUCUGGGGCUGAGGGUGUUCUACACCACCUGCCCAGCCACGAUGAGAAGCCUGGCUGCCUUUCCCGAGCAGGUGGCAUCAGGAGCGCUGGCGGAGGUGGAGGGCACCUGUGUGAAGGACGCAGUGGUGGUUGGAGAAGCUGCUCCUCGGAUGUACUGCACCGCUGAGGGAGAGUGGGUCGUUCCUGUGGGCCAGUGUCUCUGCCGAGCGGGAUACCAAGCUGUUGGAGAUGCUUGCAAAGCUUGUGAACCGGGUUACUACAAGAGCACAGAUUCCAGCCAGCCAUGUGACGUGUGUCCAGAAAACACCAAGCGCUCGGGUCAUGGAGCACUGCUGUGCCCCUGCAUGGAGGGAUUCUUCCGGGCCCCUACGGACCCUAACUCUGCUCCUUGCUCUUCUCUGCCUAGUCCACCCCAAAACCUAAUAUACACGCCCCUCCUGACUGCGGGGAGUUUGCAGCUGACUUGGCGCCCACCGGCAGACACUGGCGGCAGAAGCGAUAUCACAUAUAGUGUGGUGUGCGAGCGCUGUGAGGGUGGUCUGUGUUCGCUGUGUGGUGGGAGGGUGCGAUUUGAGCCUGCGCAGAUGGCCUUGAAAGACCCCGAGAUUGUGGUUAGCGAGCUGGAGCCUCAUGUGAACUACACAUUUACAGUCGAGGCCCAAAGUGGCGUGUCCCAGUUCAGUCGAAAGAGAGCCACGGCUAGCAUUACAACAGUGCUUCACUUCACAGAUGGCCCGAGGGUGCUGUACUUGAGAGUUGAAGAUCGGACCACCAGCAGUCUGACUCUAUCCUGGGUCGUGGACCACCAUGUGCAGAAUAACAUCUCCCCCCGCUAUGAGCUCAUGUACCGCAAGAAGGAGGAUCCUGGAGAGUUGGACGUCACCACCUACACCGUUCUGGUUCUGGAGAAGAACUCUGUGCAGAUUAAUGACCUCUUACCAGGAACAAAGUAUGUGUUCCGCGUUCACACCCUGACGGCAGAAGGCCAUCCCAGCAGCCACAGCGCCGAACUUGAAUUUGAGACAUUGGCUCUCGCGGAAUCUCAGAGACAGAAUAGUUCCAUGGUUGUCAUGGGAGCCAUCGCUGGGGGCGGAGUCAUGUUGCUGAUUGUGGUGGUUAUUUUGCUCCUGCACAAAAGAAGGCUGAAUUCCCAUGUCCGACGGAGGGUAGAUGGAGAUUACUUUUCAUGUCCAGAAAAACUCCUGCCUUUGAAGACCUACAUUGAUCCCCAUACAUAUGAAGACCCCUGUGCGGCUGUCCUCAAGUUUGCCAGUGAAAUUCACCCUAGUCAUAUCACCAAGCAGAAAGUCAUUGGUGCAGGUGAAUUUGGUGAGGUGUACCGUGGUUCUCUGAAGAUACCAGGACGCUGUGAGGUCGCAGUGGCCAUAAAGACCCUGAAACCAGGCUACACUGAGAAGCAAAGGCAGGACUUCCUUAGUGAAGCCAGUAUUAUGGGCCAGUUUUCCCAUAAGAACAUUAUCCGUCUGGAGGGUGUUGUCACUAAAUUCAAAGACGCCAUGAUUAUCACAGAGUACAUGGAGAAUGGAGCUCUGGAUCAAUAUUUAAGGGACCAUGAUGGGGACUUUUCCUCAUACCAGCUUGUGGGAAUGCUCAAUGGCAUAGCGGCAGGAAUGAAGUACCUCUCAGACAUGAAUUACGUCCAUCGGGACCUCGCGGCUCGCAAUGUCCUGGUCAACAGCAACUUGGAGUGUAAAGUCUCAGAUUUCGGCCUGUCACGAGUGCUGGAGGACUAUCCUGAGGGAACCUACACGACUACUGGAGGAAAGAUUCCUAUUCGUUGGACGGCGCCCGAGGCAAUAGCGUACAGGAAGUUCACUUCAGCCAGUGAUGUGUGGAGUUUCGGCAUAGUCAUGUGGGAAGUGAUGUCAUUUGGAGAAAGACCCUACUGGGACAUGAGCAACCAUGAGGUGAUGAAAUCCAUAAAUGAAGGCUUCAGAUUGCCGGCACCGAUGGGCUGUCCGUCUGCGGUCAAUCAGCUCAUGCUGCAGUGCUGGAUGCAGGACCGCUCCAAACGGCCGCGCUUUGUUGAUAUCGUCAACUUGCUCGAAAAGCUGCUUCGCAACCCAGAGUCACUCUCUGCCAUUGCUAGUAUCGACCCACGUGUCUCUAUUCGUCUACCCAGCACUAGUGGUAGUGAUGGCGCCCCCUUCAGGUCAGUGGACGAAUGGCUGGAAUCCAUCAAGAUGGCCCAAUACAGAGAAACAUUUGCCCUUGCUGGAAUUAAAACGAUGGAACAGGUUCUGCGCUUGAAAAUUGAGGACAUUAGGAACAUUGGAGUACGACUGCCAGGUCAUCAGAAGAGAAUAGCCUACAGCAUUCUGGGCCUGCAAGACCCGACGACGGCCCUGGAUCUGUUUGCAGUGUGAAAGAGGUUGUUGAUUGAAGCAGCACUGUUCUGGACUGAACUUUAAAAAGCUGGCUGAAUAAAGACCAGAAUGCCCUCCUUAAAUGAAACGGACUCACUUUGGGAAUAUAAUCACUUUACUGUUUUGAUAUUUUGUUUUUCCCUUUUUUUUUUUUUUUUUUUUUUUUUUAUUUAAGCUUUUUAUAAUAUUUUACAUGUCAGAUGGACCCUUAUACUCUUUGUGAUUCUGUUUUAACUUAAGCCAUAUUAAGCACACGGUGGACAUGAUGGUCUGUUUUGAUAUAUUGUGACUACUGCCUCAGGUCUGAUGAUUAGGGUACUAUCAAGGGUACAACGAUGGUAACCUUUUAUUACUGUAGUGCCCAUAUAUUGCCAUAAUAUUCCACAUAUUAAACAGAGUUGCCAAAUCUGAGGGGUUGAAGUCUGAUAUAAGGUUGUACAAUACAAAUGUAAAAAGUUUAGUAGUAAAUGUUAUAUGUUGUUCAAUUGUUGACAGACAUCCUCCCAUUUUGAAAGAUAGGAUGAAUGUUUACAUGUCUUAUUUCAGCUCUUUUUAUUUAAUAUUUAUUUUUUUAUUUAUUGUCUGUGUUUGUGAAGAAAAUAAUGUACUGUAAAGAAUUAAAAUAUUUUGUAAGUCUCA